AUGGAUCCUCCAGCGAAGCAGCCCGGCGCGAGACGCGUGCGAGCCAAGGGCCCGAACGGGCCGGGCCAGCGGAAGAAGGGCCGCUCGAAGGCGGCGAAAGCGCGGCCAACGUUCAACACGCUGCGCCUGUUCCGGCGCAGCUUCAUCGUGCAGACGAAGGAGUUUUUCGACAACUCAACGCUGCACGGCGUGCGCUACAUCGCCGAGGAGGGCCGGCCGUUCUUCGAGCGCUUCAUGUGGUUCUGCUUCGUCGCGUUCGGCUUCAUCGCGGCGGUGGUGAUCAUCUUCAGCCUGUGGGAGAAGUUCCAGACCAACCCGACCAUCACCGGGCUGGACACGGACUUCCACAACCAGCAGGUGAUCUUCCCGACCGUGCUCGUCUGCCCGACCGCACCGUACGACGAGGAGGCGGUCCGGCGGGUGGCGUACGAGACCCUGGGCGGGUACGAGCCCGGCAGCGAGGUGUACGAGCCGUUCCUGAAGCUGCUGACGCAGCUGUCGUACGCCAACCUGCGCGAGGUGGCCGCCAUGCUGAGCGAUUUGCCCGCCCGGAAGACGCUGCGGACGUUCAACCUGCGGGACCUGGUGUUCCGGGUGGCGGUCCGCUGCAACGACACGUUCGCCAUGUGCCGCUACAAGGACGAGGACAUCGACUGCUGCGAGAUGUUCAAACCGAUGUACACCGAGCACGGUUUCUGCUUUGCCUUCAACGCGCGCUACACCAACAACAAGCAGGUCGAACUGUUCAACACGGAGUUUUUCGUGCUGUUCGAGACGGACAAGAAGUGGGCGCUGACAUUCGAGCCGCUGCGCGAGAGCAACAUCUUCAUACACUCGUACAACGAAAUCUCCGGCUGGGACUUCCAGCCGCAGGUGAUGUGGGACCUCGACUCGAAGGUGGAGUUCCUGAUCUCGAUGAAGCAGACCUACACGACCGAGGACGCCCAGCAGCUGUCGAUCGGGCAGCGGAAGUGCAUCUUCCCGGAGGAGGAGAAGCUGCAGUACUACCAGGACGCGUACACCUUCUCCGGCUGCAUGAAGGAGUGCCGCAUCUCGAAGAGCCUGAAGUUCUGCAGCUGCAUCCCGCCGUUCUACGCCCCGGUGCGCCCCCAGCCGGCCUGCACGUCCGACAACUUUCAGUGCCUCAGCGAGUACGCGGACAACAUCACCAGCAUCUACAGCUGCCAGGGCUGCGAGCUCGGCUGCCUCAACACGGUGUACGACAUAGAGAAGUACUCGAAAAUCAUGAAAACCGAAGAGGAUCAGCAGGACGCGCAGGUGACGAUAGAGUAUCUGACCUGGCCCAUCAUCCGCUACAAGCGCGAGGUGCUGUUCGGCUGGGUCGACCUGCUGGUGUCGUUCGGUGGCAUCGCCGGCCUGUUCCUCGGCUUCAGCCUGCUGUCGGGCGUCGAGCUGGUGUACUUCUUCACCAUGCGCGCCUUCUGCAUGCUGUACAAAAACCGCGACGAGCUGGAAGCGGCCGAGAAGGAGCAGCAGAUCAAGUCGAUGAGCCGCCACGAGCUUGGCCUGAAGCCGCUCGGAACCCCCAGCACCCAGCAACAGCAGCAGCAGCAGGUGCAGUAUAGCAGCAACGAACCGGCGUCAACCGACAAGCAGGAGGUGUUCGUCAAGCUCAUCACGAACGACUACAAGGCGGGCAACUACCUGAACGUGGACCCAGCAUACCCGGGGCUGAACCGCAAUCGCUUGAACCAGCUGCGCGCUCAGAAUCCCACGAAAAGGAACCUCUUUCAGCUGGGCCACGGGAACAACGAUAGCAACAGUAAGUACAUGCUGAAGAAACCCACCCAAAGCGAGGGGGGCUACAUCUACGAUGGCUACUUACCGUGA